AUGCUAAAGACUGAGUUUACACUUCGCCUCUACAGGAGUGUGGCAGCAGGUAGAAACGAUUCGAAUUUUGUCAUCUCACCUGCGGGUGUGGCCCUCCCCUUGGAGGUCCUGCAGUUCGGAGCCCAAGGGAACACGGCCCAGCAGCUGGCACAUGCCCUGGGAUACACUGUCCAUGACCCAAGGAUGAGAGAUUCACUACACGCCAUGUACACCUCAUUCUCCAACUCUGGUCGGACCAGUGAGAUGGAGCUGGCCUGCACCCUUUUUGUGCAAGCAGGAACGUCACUGUCCCCCUGCUUUGUGGAGCGGGUCUCCGGGUGGGCCAAUAGCAGCCUGCAGCCAGCUGACCCCAGUGAGCCCAGUGGCGCCACCACUAAGAUGAACGACAUGGACUCCAAACGGACUUCAGGUAAAAGGACAUUCUUUAGUGAGGGCCCAAGCAGCUCUCUCUGGGAGCAGAUGGGUGCCACAUCUGCUCAGCUCACCAUUGUGAGCACAAUGUCCUUCCAAAGCACCUGGCAGAAGGCGUUCUCCUCCACAGACUCACAGCUCCUGCCUUUCACCUGUGCAAAUGGCCGCAUCCUCCAGGUGCCCAUGAUGCAUCAGAUGGCUGAGGUCAACUACGGCCAGCUCCAGGAUGCUGUGGGCCAUCCAGUGGGGGUGCUGGAGCUGCCAUACCUGGGAAAUGCUGCCAGCCUGAUCCUCGUGCUGCCCCGUGACAGGGACACCCGUCUGGGUCACAUUGAGCCUCAGCUCACAGCCAGCACCAUCCAGCUAUGGAUCAACAGGCUGAGGAGAGCCAGGAUGGACGUGUUCCUCCCCAGAUUUAGGAUUCAAAAUCAGUUCGACCUAAGAGGCAUUUUAAAUUCUUGGGGAGUCACCGAUGUUUUUGAUCCACUCAAAGCUAACUUGAAAGGAAUUUCAGGCCAAGAUGGCUUUUAUGUUUCUGAAGCGAUCCACAAGGCCAAGAUUGCGGUUUUAGAGGAAGGCACCAAAGCCUCUGCAGCCACAGCUUUGCUAUUAUUGAAAAGGUCUCGGAUUCCUAUUUUUAAGGCAGAUCGGCCAUUCAUCUUUUUCCUGCGAGAACCCAAAACAGGUAUUAUAAUAUUUUUGACAGGAUUCGAAUAA